UAUACGUUGCUAAGUGACAAGUGAUAUACAAACAUUACUGUUUCCAAGCAGAGUGAAUUUGGUCCUAAAACGACCUCAAACGCGCCCUUAAAAAAUUCAACGGGACAACACUGCCGCCUACUGGUUAUCUUUACCAGAAAAUCAUAAAGGAGAGUGUCUGACUACAGUUCAUGGCUAAACCUGCAAAUGAUUCAAUAAACAAAAUGAAGGUUUUGGUGUGGCUCAAUCAAAGUAAGAAUCAAAAUCUAAUCAUGAUUUUCUGGCUUGACACUAAACAGGAUAGUUAUAUGUAAAAUUGUACAAUUUUACAAAGAAGAUUGGGCAAAAAUAUCCUUCAAAUAGAUGUAUUUGAAGAAUCCAAAUACACCUAUAACAGAUGGAUAUUUGAACUAUCAACUCAAGUCAUUGAUAGUUGGUACCAAUCAGGAUUUCCCGAUGACAUGGUUUAUAUCAUCACUGACCAUAACUUUGUACUAUGCAGCAUGGAUUCUAAGUCGCCAUAUAAAACCAAGAUCCCAGAGUAGCACAUUUUUACACAUUGUAGUUCACACAGAUGUAGCAUAAGACUCAUUGUUCACUCUGUCAAAAUGAUUGGAAUUAAAAAGAUUAAGAUAUUUUCUCAGCUGUACCUCAUAAUUGGUAAAAGUGGCAGUGAAAGCACUGCAUAUACAACAUAUACAUUGUGUGCAUCUCUCAUUUAAAGUAUAAGCAAGUUUUCCCUGUAAGUCAGCCAUUGUAUAGAGGAGAGUAUGUAACUACAGAGCUGAAUAAAAGACAUAUACAUCAAACUGCUCUUUGGCUUUGUUUACUGUUAUCUCUCUUUGUUGAGGCCUACUGCAUGAAGUCUAGAAUCAUUUUUAUCAGCAAAAAGAGGAAUAUUAGGUAAGCUAGGGUAAAUUUGAUCAGCACAUUCGAAGAGGAAGUGCUUAGAAUUGCUACACACGCAUGUUCCCCACAGAACAGGAAUAGGAAGUAUGAAGAGGACAGAAGAGAAAAAAAAACAAAUCCUCAUCUCAAAGCGACAUAACUGCUCUCACUGUGAACCACAAAGGCUUUUUUUUUUCUUCUCUCUUCACGAGCCUUGAGGUGCGUCUGAAGCUGUCGACUGGUUUUCUUCAGUGGAAACUUUACCUCAGUGGAAAUUACUGGUGGAAAGAAAGAUGAGUGACUCACUGGAAAGGACGACAGACUGUCCAGUAUCGCCACUCGCAAGCGGGUCCAGCCUGACUGACGAGAAAGACAAACCAGGAGGUGCAAGUGAGCUAUGCUGGCAAGAUGGAGGCCUGCCUGUGGAGCUGCAGAGAGGGAUGGAAACCCUGAGGGUGAACAGAGAGCUGACCGAUGUGACCCUCUGUGUUCAAGGGCAAGACUUCCUCUGCCACAGGGCCAUUCUGGCUGCAGCCAGUCAGUACUUCAGGGCCAUGUUUUGCAGUGGCCUCAAGGAGAGUCAUGAGGAACGUGUGGAGAUAAAAGGCUUGGACAGCGGGACUAUGCGCUCUCUCUUGGAGUACACCUACACCAGCCGAGCCCUCCUCACACACUCAAAUGUCCAGAGAAUACUUGAGGCAGCCAGCCAGUUUCAGUUCCUCCGUGUGGUAGAUGCAUGUGCAAGCUUUUUGAGCAAAUCUAUUCAUCUCGAGACCUGCAUAGGAAUCCUAAAUCUGGCUGACAGCCACGUUCUGCCCACCCUGAGGACCAGGGCUCAGGACUUCAUCACCUCUCAGUUUUCUCAAGUGGUGCAGCAACAGGACUUCUUAGAGCUGCCUGCAGAGUCUUUGGAGGCCAUCCUGCAGAGGGAUGACCUCAGUGUGAAUUGUGAGGAGUGUGUCUUUGAAGCUCUGAUGCGCUGGGUGAGAGCCCAGCAAGAUGAACGCUAUCCGUUACUGGCCAGGUUGCUUUCCCAUGUGCGGUUGCCAUUGUUGGAGCCGGCGUACUUUGUGGAAAAAGUGGAGUCAGAUGAGCUGAUACGUCACUGCACUGAGGCUUUCUAUUUGCUGCAAGAGGCUCGCAUGUAUCAUCUUUCUGGUAGAGAGGUGGUCUCAGAGCGAACCAAACCACGGGUUCAGCACUUUCUGUCAGAAGUUUUUCUGAUCAUUGGAGGAUGCACUAAGGAUGAACGCUUUAUUCCCACUGUCACCUGCUUGGAUCCUCUAAGACGCAGCCGACUGGAGGUGGCUCGGUUGCCAAUGACAGAAAUGGAAGAUGAGACCCAAAUCAGGAAGUGGGUGGAGUUUUCUUGCAUCACUUUCCACAAUGAAGUUUACAUAUCAGGUGGUAAAGAGACCCCACAUGAUGUUUGGAAAUAUAAUGGUGCCUUGGACAAGUGGAUCCAAAUUGAGUCAAUGUCGAAUGGACGCUGGAGACACAAGAUGGCAGUUCAUGGCGGAAAAGUGUACGCUCUGGGGGGAUUUGAUGGGGUUCAGAGGCUUGCUAGUGUGGAAGCCUAUGAUCCUUUUCACAAUCGCUGGACACAGGUGACACCUCUUGCAGUGGGUGUCAGCUCCUUUGCAGCAGCAAGCUUUGGCAGAUGGAUCUAUGUGAUCGGCGGUGGUCCUAAUGGAAAACUAGCCACAGAUAAAGUUCAGUGCUGGGAACCAGGGACAGACAGCUGGGAACUCCGGGCACCCAUCCCCAUAGAAACCAAGUGCACCAAUGCUGUGACAUUCAAGAACUGCAUCUACAUCGUUGGUGGUGCCAUGCACGCCAUGUACUGCUAUUCCCCUCUGUCCGACUCCUGGUCCCUGGUGGCUCGUCUGGGGGAGAGGGCAAGUUGUGCCAUUGCAGCCUGCAACAACAAACUUUUUAUCACAGGGGGGAGGGAUAACAAGAACCAAGUGAUUUCCACGGUGAUGUGCUGGGAUGUGGAUCGAGGGGUGUUGACAGAGGAGUGUGUCCUACCGUUGGGCGUAUCCCACCAUGGCAGCGUGACGCUUAUGAAGUCUUACUCGCACAUUCACAGAGUCACAUCUUCGUCAGACUGCCAAUGACACAAACUUUCAUGAACCAGACUUUAGUUUUGCUACAGCAAGUAACAUAUCAAAAUGAAAAAGUGUAUCUUUUUCAUUCACUUGCCACUUUACCAUGAGAUAUCACUGUGUUUUUACUAAUGUAAGCAGUGAAAUUUAAACAUAUUCUCUUGAGCUCUAUUCUAAUUAAAAAUAACUGUUAUUA